AUGAUUUUCUGCCUUGCACGGGCUAUAGCUUCACGAAUUUUUUCUAUCGAUAUGCUGUCAGUUCUCUCAGCUGCGCCCUAUGCGGCGGGGCUUGGGCUCUUUCUUGUUGCUUAUUUCUUUGUGAUCCCUUACGUCGAGUAUCUACGUGACCCCAAGGACUUGAGGAGAUACCCAAAUCUUCACCCAUGUUCCGGAUUCUCGGCAGUUCCCUUCAUGAUAAUGGCAUCACGGGGGUUCCGAUCCAUGGAGCUAAGUGAGCUGCAUAAAAAGGACCCCGUCAUUCGGACAGGGCCAAACCAGCUUUCCUAUGGCGAUGUCAAAGCAAUCAAAGACAUCUAUGGUCACAAUACAAAGUGCACCAAAGACACUUCCUACGUCAUAACAUCCGGAACUCACUACAACCUGGCCGACGUGGUAGACAAGCCGGAUCACGCACGGAAGCGCAAGAUCCUCUCUUCCGCAUAUGCGCUCAAGAACCUCGAGACAUGGGAGUACAAGGUCACAGACAAGGUGCAACGAAUGUUCAAGCACUUCGAUGAAGUCUGCACCCUACCCGCGUCCACGGAUGUGUGCUCUGGAAAAGUCGCUCCGGACCAGAAAGACCUUACACUCGACCUACGCGCUUGGACCAAUUUCUUCACGUUAGAUGCCAUCGCAGACAUUGGUCUCUCAGAGAAGCUGGGGUUCCUGGACCAAGGCUCUGAUGUCUGCAUUGCCGAAAGAAAAGAUGGGUCCACCUACAAGACCAACCUGCGAGAAGCCCUGUACCCGACUGCUCGGAAGCAAUCCCUCAUUCUCUGGGACUAUGGAUGGUACCCGACUCUCAACAAAUUGGUGAAUGUCAUUCCAUUCUUCGGUCGGAUGCAAAAAUCAGCCGAUAACUGGGAGAACAUCAUGUGGCGUCGAGGCAAUGAGCGACUACGACGCUACGAGGCCGGUGAAAAGCUCGAAGAUUUCUUCCAGGCUCUAAUGGAAGACAAGAAUGGAAACCCAAACAAUCUCGAAUGGGGCGAGGUCGUUGCCGAAUGCAACAUCAUGAUGAACGCCGGCAGUGUGACCACGGCCGUCGCAAUCGCCAACGUGAUGUACCAACUCAUUCGCAACCCCCGAAAAAUGGCCAAGCUCCGUGAAGAAAUCGAUGCAGUCCUAGACGACGAAGUCGUAGCCGACUAUGACAAGGUCAAGCAUCUGCCCUAUCUGCGCGCCUGUCUAGACGAAUCCCUCCGUAUCUUCCCUCCCACUUCCCAUGGUCUUCCUCGUGCAACACCACCCGAGGGCACCAAUAUUCUCGGGGAGUGGGUUGCCGGUGACACGACCGUGAGCAUGUCUGCUCUUGUCGCACAUCGUGAUGAAAGCGUCUUCCCCAAUGCCAAUCAAUAUAUUCCCGAAAGGUGGCUCGGGGAAGAAGGUAAGGCUUUGCAGCCGUAUUUGAUUGCUUUCUCUGCCGGUGCUCGGUCUUGCAUUGGUCGUAAUAUCUCUUAUCUGGAGCAGACUAAGGCUGUUGCUUCUAUGGUGCAUCGGUAUGACUUCUCCCUGGCAUAUCCCGGCUGGGAGCUGAAGCGAUUGGAAACUAUGAAUCUCAUUCUGGGGGAUAUGCCGGUGAAAAUUUGGCGUCGAGAUUUGGGCACUGGACUAUAG